AUGUUCGCUACAGCGUCCGUCUCCAUGAUGGCCAAGAAGGCACCUCCCAACAAGGUGAUGAUGGCCUAUGGUGUCUUCUGCACGGCCGCAUUGGCGGUUUACCACUUCAUCGCAAAUGGUGAGUUCUCUGCAAUCUUGACACUGGCAGUCAUCUUCCAGUGCUUGGGCUUCGCCCUACUUUGUGUGCAGGUUCUGCUCACAGGCACCUGCGCGGGCAUUUCAGCCCGUGCUCUGGCACUGGAUGCUUGGGCAUUGUGCUUUCGGCUCUCAUCAACUCUCUGGCUCCAUGGCUACCUGCCCGUGGAUGCCUCCGGGGACUGGGCCUACCAGGCAGUGGACGUUGUUGCCCUUGUGCUGGUCCUUUGGCUCUUGCACUCACUGUUGCUGGAGAAGAAGCACACGUACCAGGAAGAGCAGGACACCUUCCCUGCAACUCCUGUCGUACUGGCCUGCCUCGUGAUGGCAGCGCUCUUUCAUGCCGACAUGAACGCCCGACCCGUCUUCGACACUCUGUGGAUGGCAGGCCUCUUCAUCAGUGCCGUGGCAGUUUUGCCGCAGCUCUGGCUUAUCUCCAAGACCGGUGGCAAGGUUGAGCCGCUGACCAGUCACUACAUUGCUGCGAUGGCCAUCAGUCGCGCCUUGAGCGGUGUUUUUAUGUGGCAUGCUCGCUUCGACAUCACAUGCGAUCCAUGGGUGACCGGCUUCAACCACGCCAUUUGGGUCAUCUUGGGGGCCCACGCCCUGCACAUGCUGCUGCUGGGAGACUUUGGCUACUACUACCUGAAGACUGUCAUGAAGGCAGGCCUGACAGCACAGCUGGAUUUGAUCCAGGACAGCUACGUAUAA